AUGCCCAUUAAAGAGUCUGCAACAAUUGAUGUUGGUUAUCCGAUCUAUGGAGUCAAGUUUAUGAAUAGUAAAACUCUUGUGGUUGCUGGUGGUGGAGGUGAAGGUAAUCAUGGGAUUCCAAAUAAAAUUAAUGUUCUUAAAUCCAAUUUUAAAGUGUCUGAUUCCAAAAGAAGAUUACAAAGAUUUAGAGAAAUCACAUUGCCUUCAAAUGAAGAUUCCCCUCAAUGUUUGGAUACUGCUAAAUUGGUUGGUGAAAAUGAAUUCAACAUUAUUCUUGGAUGUAAUCAAAGUUCCCAAUUACUUAAAUCAAUGAAUAUCAAUAACAAUAUUAGAAAAUAUGCUUAUUCUGGUGAUGAACAUAUUAAUUUUGUUGAUGCAGCACAAUUUGAGGAAGAGGUAAGUUCGUCCUCGGAAGAUUAUCCAAAAAUCAUCAGGUUAUCUCAUGAUAAUAGUAUUGGUGCAUUUAUGACAUCAAGUGUCCCAUCAUCAAUUUAUAUCUUUAACCCUGAUAGUUUGGAAUUGAAGUAUAAAUUUAUUCCAAAAAAUGAAUCGGAAAUCAAGGAUUUGGCAUUAAGUACUUAUAAUGGAGCAUCAUUGGCUUAUGUUACUGCUUCUUCCAUUGAGAUCAUUGACACCAACUCCAGAGAAUCGAUUUUUUCUUCUGUUUCAGUUGCAGCUUUAAAAAAACAAUUGAAAGGUUAUAUAUUAUCAAAAGUCAAAUUUAUUGAUGAAGAUAAACAAUUGUUGAUUGCCGCUGGUUCUCGUGGAGGUAAAGGUGCUGUUUUAUUCAAGUUUAAUAUUGCAUCUAAGAAAAUCACUCAAUUUCAAACCGUUUCCAAAAAAUUUUCCAAUAUUGUUGCUUUAGAUGUUACAGAAAACCAAGAGUUAAUUGCUAUUGCUGGAAAUGAUUUAUCUGUUACCUUGAUUAAUUUAUCAACAUUAAAAGUAAUUCAAGUAUUCCAUAAAUUGCAUUCAUUUGCAAUCACCAGUCUUUCCUUCUCCCCAAGUGGGUUAAAAUUGGCAAGUGGUAGUGCUGCUAAUACUUUGCAUGUGUUUAAAAUCCCAUCCAAGUAUCGUAAAGGUAAUUCAAUUAUUGGUACAUUAUUACAAUAUUUGUUCACCAUUGUGUUGGUUGUUGCCUUGGGUGUUGGUGUUCAAAAAUUGAAUGAGACUGGACAAUUACAAGAUAUUCUUUCAAAUUCUAAACAAUACACUGAUGUUGCACAAGAAUAUGUUAAAUUAGGUUAUGAUUAUGCUCAUCAUUAUGGUACUAUUGGUUAUUCAAUUGCAGAAGAAUAUGCAAGAACCUAUGGUAAUCAAGGAUUACAAUUCAUCAAAGAAAAAUUAAAUAAAGAUGAAUCACAAGGUUCUUUAGAAGCAUCUACAUUGAAUGAUAUUGUGAAUGAAGUUACCAAAAACAUUGAUGAAGAAAUAACCAAAUCUGAUUUCAAUUCUGAUGAAUUUUUACAAGACAAGGAUAACUAUAUAACUACAUCAAUCGGAAACCAUUACCAAGAAACACCAAAAGUUGAAACUUCAAUUGUGUCAUCUUCAGAAAUAGAUACUUAUUUAGAAGAGCCUCAUGUUGUCGAUGGAAAUAACGAUACAUCAAGUGAACAACAGCAACCAACUUUUGUUAACCGUGAAUCUGUUUUACCAGAAAGUCUUCAAGCAAUGUUGGAAAAACAAACUAAAUCUUCCACCGAAUCAAUUGCACCAUCUAGUGAAACCGUUGUCGUUGAAGAAGUUGUUGAAAGAGAUGAACCAAUUGUUGAUGCUGAAGCUGUUGUUGAACAACAGAAAGAAGAACAGGUUUCUGAACCAGUUGUUGAACAAGUUCCUGCUCCAGAAGUAAGCCAACCGGUUGUCGAAGAAGAAAUUAUUAUUGAAGAGCCAGUUGUCGAAGAGCCAGUUGUCGAAGAAUCAGUUGUCGAAGAAUCAGUUGUCGAAGAAGAAAUUGUCGAAGAACCAAUUGUCGAAGAAGAAAUUGUCAAAGAGAACCCUGUGACUGAACAGACCAGUAAUGAAGAACUAGUUGUUGAAUCACAGGAAGAAACUGUUGAUGUUGUUGAACAACCUGAAGAGGAGCUGGUUAGUGAUGAACCAAGAAUUCAUGCCGAUAUUGAAGAACCAAACUCUGCUUCCGCUAUUGAAUCAGAAGCUGUGAAUGAAAAAAAGCCAGUCGAAGAAAUUAUUGAAGAGGUUGUUGUUGAAGAAGAACAAUCAUCGCAAGAACCGGUUGAAGCUGUUGUAGAAGUCGAAGAAGAGGUUAUUGAAGAAGUGAAAAUUAGUCAUGAACCUAAACAAAAAUCUACUACUCAAGAAGAACCUGCUAUUGAAGAACCUGUUCAAAAAGAGCCAGUCUCUGAAGAACCCAAACAAGAAGAACCACAAGCUGAAGAAGUUAUUGUCGAAGAUCCUCAACCAGAAGUAGUGGAACAAGUUAUAGAAGAGGAAAUCGUCGAAGAAGUUCAAGAACAAGAAAAUGAACAAGAAUCACAAGCUUCUGUGGAACACGUUGAAGAAUCAAUAGUAGAAGUUCCAACUCCAAAGUCUUCUGUUGAAAUUCCACAAAGUUCACAAGUCUUAGAUAAACAAAAGGAAAAAAUUGUUGAUGCUGUACCAGCUGCUGAACCAAAGCCAGAAGAUGUUAUAGAAGAGAAAGAACCUAAAGUUGUUGAAGCUGUUCCAGAAUCCACUCCUAAAGUUCAAGAGGCGGAUGUUGAAAAGGAAGUCCAACAGGAACCAGUUAAACAACCAAAGGUAGAACAACCAAAAGCUGAACAACCAAAAGCUGAACAACCAAAGGUAGAACAACCAAAAGCUGAACAACCAAAAGCUGAACAACCAAAAGCUGAACAACCAAAAGCUGAACAACCAAAAGCUGAACAACCAAAGGUAGAACAACCAAAAGCUGAACAACCAAAGGUAGAACCAGUUUCUCAAAAAAAAGUGGUUGAAGAAGCUCCUGUUGUUCAAGAAAAAUCCAAAGAACCUAUUCCAGAACCAUCCACUGUCCAAACUCCAAUUAUUGAGCAAGUCAAACCAUCAUCUGUCGAACAACCACAACAAUCUACAACUUCCAAGUCUGAAGUCCAACAAGAAUCGAGUAAUACACAAUCAUCCGUAGAAACUCCAGCAAGUUCUACUUCCAAAAUAGUUCGUACUAAAAAAGUUACCAGAACAAUUAUAAAGUCUAAACCAACUAAUAAUGCACCUGAAAAAGAUGAAUUAUAA